GGCUAAAUUUUUUGGUAAACAAACGGAAAAGUAUCGCUAUCGCUGCUCCCUUGAUUCCAGAAUCCGGCACAGAAAAAUGGAUGACGUCGCCACCGCGCAAAGCGAGAACGAGAAUUUGCGGAAGAUCCGAAACCGCCUGAUGCAAUGGGAGUCCAAAACGGAUCCUCUGGCGGCGCUGAGUGUCCAGCAGGAAGAGCACUUGGAUGUCCUUACCAAUCUGUGGCGCGGUAGUGGGUCAACUCCGCCGUCCCCGACCACACUGACACAGCCUGGAGUGCCCUCGGCCUUGGGAGCCACCUUCUCGGAAGCCGUGAAGGACAUUGAGCUGCCUGAUGAUGGGCUGCGAAACACAAAUGAUUUCCUGCUCUGGUUCGCGGACGUCAGCGCGGAAAUCGAGCAACGUGGCGAUGCCGACUACCAUAGAUACCUCCAACAGCUGGAGCAGCGGCGGGAGGAGUGCGGGCAUAUGUUAGAGCAAAUCGCUGUAGCCAUGGAGCGCCUCGGUGCCCUUUGUGACGAGUAUGACUUUGUAUCGCAGAAGACAAGUGCCCUAAACAUGGCCAGCGAGCAGCUGAUCGAGGAACAGGAGAAGCUCCAGGAGCUGAGCAACGAGAUUCAACGACGACUGCACUACUUUAGCCAGGUGGAGCUCCUCAACCAGCGCCUUCAGAGUCCAACUCUGUCUGUGGCUAGUGAAGCCUUCCGGGAAUGUCUGAAUAAGAUUGACGACUGCCUAAACUACAUCGAAGCCAAUCCCAAAUUUAAGGAUGCAGCCUCCUACAACGUGAAAUACAAACAAUGCCUGGCCAAAGCAUCGGGCCUAGUCCGCAACUAUGUGACCAGCGUGAUAAACCAGGCCACAGAGGCUACACUCCAUCCCAAGAACAAUAUACGAGAUGCCUCCACUGCCUUGCAAGCCCCAGAUGCCGCGUUUGCAUUGUAUUACGGAAAAUAUCAAACGGCCGCCGCGAAGGUGAAACGGGUGGCACAUCUUAUAGAGGCGCGAGUGGAGAACAGCCAGGAAUACGGUCAACUUAUGGCGGACUUGCAACAGCACUAUUUGGCGCAGCGUGCCAGCGUUAUGUCUCCAGCCGUAAAUUCGUCCAUCCAGAACGUUAAAGAACUUCACAAGGGAGAUCACUGUUCUCUGACUCGUAGUGCUUGUGCCUUCCUGGUGCAUGUCUGUCAGGAUGAGCAGCGCUUGUACUACCAGUUUUUUAGCACUGGAGCUCCUCAUUUAACGGUUUACCUAGAGGGAUUGUGCACUAUUCUGUACGAUACAAUGCGCCCAUUUAUAAUACACAUAAACCACUUGGAAACCUUGGCGGAGAUCUGUUCCAUCCUUCGCAUAGAAAUGUUGGAAGAACAUGUCCAGCAGAAUCCUGCUGCUUUGGAGGCCUUUGCCACUAUUGCCCAUCAACUAUUGCAGGAUGUGCAGGAGCGUUUGGUGUUCAGAGCCCAUUUGUAUCUUCAAUCAGAUAUACAAAACUUUAAUCCCUCUGCAGGAGACUUGGCGUAUCCCGAAAAGCUGGAGAUGAUGGAGAGCAUUGCCCUGUCAUUGCAAGAGCCUGCACCAUUGCGUCGCUCUGAUUCGCGUGCCUCCAUGAUAUCUACUGUGUCGAGUGUUGUGGAGACGGAGAGUGUCGACACCGCCUAUAGAGUGAAGCAAAUGAAUUCCCCAGCCGAUCUACAUGGUAUGUGGUAUCCCACAGUGCGACGGACAUUGGUUUGCCUUUCGAGACUCUAUCGCUGUGUGGAUCGGCCCAUAUUCCAGGGACUUUCCCAGGAGGCGCUCAAACUCUGCAUUCAGAGCGUUUCCCAUGCAGGUGGCAAAAUAUCUGCCACGAAAACGCCCAUAGAUGGUGAACUUUUCGAGAUCAAGCACUUGCUUAUCCUGCGGGAACAAAUAGCCCCGUUUAGAGUCGACUUUACGGUGAAGGAAACCUCCCUGGAUUUUAGCAAAGUAAAGACAGCCGCCUUUGGGUUACUGCAGAAACGGAAACAGCUCUUCUCCAUGGGCAGCAAUAAUGCUUUGUUGGAAUUUCUGCUAGAGGGGACGCCACAGAUUAAGGAACAUCUGCUGGAUUCGCGGAAGGAAGUUGAUCGCCAGCUCAAGACAGUGUGCGAAAGGUACAUCAAAGAUGCUGUGAUCAUGCUGGCAGGUCCGCUUGUCGUUUUUCUGGAAAAAGCCCAAGGGCUACUAGCUCAAUCAACGCCAGCCACAACGACUCCGUCAUCAGAGCCUAACAAGGGCAAUUAUGCUUUGAGACAAAGCCCCUGGGCAAGUCCCCAGCAGAUAAGUAGCAUUAUCCAGGAAACACAGCGCCUGAUCAAGGCCAAGUUAUCGGUGCUACAACGCGCUAUGCAACUCUAUUUAAGCAAUCGUGAUACGGAAUUUAUUAUAUUCCGACCUAUUCGCAACAAUAUCAUUCAGUCGUUUGUAAAGCUGGAGCAACUUCUCACCACGAAUGGCUAUUCUACCGAUGAUAUGAUCAUCACCAGCUGUCCGUCGGCCGAGCAGGUCUCAAUCUUACUUUCAAGCGCCAGUAUUUUAGCAGCCGAGGGAGUGGCUAGUUUUGCAGCAGCAGCCCGGAAGAUUAGCACAUCAUCCUCAGUUGAAGGCAGGAAACUGAGUUCACAAAUUUCCCACAAAUCGGACUUGGUGGAAGAGCCAAAGGUGGAGGAACCGCAGGCCCAAAUCGAGGUAGUGCCAGCCGAAGGUCCUUCAGCGAAGAAGAUUAAUGAGAUACUAAAAGGAGAAAAUCCCUCGCAGGCCAAUUCCGACUAAUUUGCAAUGUAUCCAACAUAAGUUAUCUAUUUACCUUGUACCAUAUUUAUGCCUAGAGUUAUGCAUCGGUUUCCCUAAUUGGAAUUAACUCUAUCCUUUCCAAAAAAAAAGUUUGUAUAGUUAACAUUGAUUUAUUUUUGCUAAACCACUUAGAAUGUGACGAAGUCGAAGUAAAUUACCAACAAAUUUUACGAUAA